CACUCCUGAAGCUCAAACCCCACUCUAAGCUGCCUUCAUUAGUCAGUGUGUUCGCUUGUCUGCUUUUCCAGAUCUACAGACGGACACACGCGGGAAGGCUGUUUGCAGAGAAAGGACUGUGGAAAUCAGAAACAUUGGAAGAGACGGAGGAAUAACGGGAGAGUGAAUACAAGCAUCGGCGAACAAAACAGGCUUACAGUAUGAAAUUCAUCUUGCUUCAUUACUUGCUGUCGCUUUCCCCUGUACUGGUUCUCAGCACCAGACAGGGCUAUGAGGAUCUGGAAAGACAACUUAAAGAAGUCUUCAAGGAAAGGAGCAGCAUUCUUCACCAGCUGUCAAAGACAUCCAAAGAACUUGAGGGAAUUAAAGUAAAUCUCCAGUCACUGAAAAAUGAUGAGGCAUCUGCUAAAAGCGAUGUACAGAAGCUCUUGGAAUUAGGCCAAAAACAAAGGGAAGAAAUGAAAUCACUCCAGGAGGCCUUUCAAAAACAGCUUAAUGAGGCAGCUGAGAAGGCAGAAAAACAACAGGCUACAAUUAACUUUUUGAAGACUGAAAUGGAGAGGAAGAGCAAAAUGAUCAGAGAUCUCCAAAAUGAGAACAAAAGCCUGAAAAAUAAACUCCUGUCUGGAAGCAAGCUUUGUGGUAUUCAUGCAGAAGAGUCAAAAAAGAUCCAAGCCCAAUUGAAGGAACUUCGCUAUGGAAAAAAGGAUUUGAUUUUUAAGGCACAACAGCUUACAGAUUUGGAGCAAAAACUAGCAAUUGCAAAAGAAGAAUUGGAAAAGGCUUCUCUUGACAAAGAGUCACAGUUGAAAGCUCUGAAGGAGACCGUACAGCUGUGCCUGUCUUCAGUUUUGCACAGUCAACCUCCCACUACAAAUAUAAUUCCUUCAAGACCAACUGAGAGACAGAUUUCCCCAGUUACAAAUGGUUUGAAAGUUCCAUUUCAAGUGUCAAGCACCAAGUUAGGCAAGCCGUGUUUAGAAAACCGAAACAAUUCAAGCUCUCCGCAGCUGACACUGACAGAAACAGACCCAAAUGUCCAGAAGUCACACAGUCCUUCAUGGAUUAAACAUGGGUUUAAAAAAGCAGUGGAGAGAAAAGAAAACAACCCUGACGAACAGGCUAAAAUCAACGAAAAGACUCUGUAAACAUCAUCCUGCUUUCCUUAAAAUGUUCUUCAUUUGCUAUCGUCUUCAUCUUUUUAGUCCAGAGGCAUGAAACAUACCAGGUUUCUAAAGCAUGCAAUUUUUUCACUAUUUUAUGGAUGUUUGUAAAUUAGUCUAGAAAUUUCUGAAAUAGAUUGAUUAGUAUAUUUCAGCAAUAAUCCAACAGAAAUGGAUGUUUGGGAAAAAAUGCUUUGUAAUACAGUCCAGUUUUUUGAAUUUUAUUCUGCCCUGAUCUGUAACUUGCUUAUUAUAAAUUACUCUGUUUUGUAAAGAAAUGCUAUUAAGAAGUUUUAUUUUAUUAACCAA